AGGACAGGCAGGCGAUCUAGCAGCAUGGGUGCAGAGUUCCUAGUGCAGAAUCGCAUGGGUCGAGUGAGCGACAUUCUGAACGACUGGGACCUGCUUCUACCGAGUGGAGGUCCAUAUGGGAACGAUGAGGCGGACGACGAGGAUAUGACGGAGAAUGAGCGGUGGAAGAAGCAGCAGCUGUCAAGGCGCGGAUGGGAGAGCACCAGAGGCCAGGGAAUCAUUCUCGGAUCCUUGACCAUACUCGCAGUCCUUGUCAAGAUCUGGAAACUGGCUGUCCCAUCAGCUGUUGUGUAUGUCUUUGAAGAACAGGAAUAGGGAUACAAGUAUUGUGCAAAAAACAAUAACUAACCCUCAUCUGGUCUGUGCGCGGCGCUUUGGAGGGUUCACGCGGGAUUACCUAAACGGAUCCUUCUUCAUGGGCGUGCAUUCCCCGCUCGGCAAGAUGCUCUUUUCGCCCGUGGCAUACUCGCUCGGUUUUGACGGCAAAUUUGACUUUGCCACCGGGAAGCUGUACCCGAAGAAUGUCCCUUACAUCAGCAUGCGGAUGUUUGCAGCGUCCUGCGGCGUGUUACUCGUGCCUAUUUCAUAUCUGAUCAUGAAGCGAUCGGGACACUCCACACAGGCCUCGAUGAUGUGCGCCAUCUUUGUCAUCUUUGAGAACGCACUGAUAACGCAGAGUCGGUUUAUCUUGCUUGACUCGCCAAUGAUGUUGUUCAUGGGAUAUACCAUGCUUGCAUGGAUCAACUUUUAUAACCACCGAAACAGACCCUUCGCUCGCGGUUGGUGGACUUGGCUUCUACAGACCGGGUUAGGACUCUUUCUCUCCAGCAGGUACCCAUUUACUUUACAGCGAUGCGCUGACAGCGGCAGGGCAAAUGAAUCCAGGAUACAUCUUUAUAUCAGCACGCGCAUUUUUUCAAGGCAGUUUGUCGCCUUGUUCCUUGCGCUGCUAGUCUUUCCCUUUGUGCUCUACAUGGGGUUGUACGCCAUCGAUUUUGCCUUCCUGUCGAACUCAGGUACUGGGGACUCCUGGGUCAGUCCACAGUUCCGGAUGACCUUGAAGGGUCAUGAUGUCAAGCCGGUUAUGGCCGAUAUUGCCUGGCAGUCCAAGGUCCAUAUGCGGCAUGCUAAUACAAACGGGGGCUGGGUGCACUCGAUGCCCGGCGAGUACGCCAGAGCGGGUACGAUUGACCAAGCAAUCCAGCUCGUCGAGUGGGACGAUGACCUGACCUGCUGGCAGGUCCACGCCGGAAACCCUGCUGUCAAGAAAGAUCAGAUACUAAAGUACCUUGCUCACGAAAAGGACCCCUCGCUGCCUUUCGAUGGGUAUAUCUACGAUGGUGAUGCCAUCCAAUUGAAGAACUGUCAUUCAAAAGUCGCGCUCUCUGUCAAAGACCUCGUCUCAGUUGGAUCCAACAAACCGUACAUCCGGGAAAUGCGAGGUAUCCAGUGGUCAAAGGAAGCCACUCUGGAAACCGUUUGGAGAGUCGAGCUUGUGCCACAAGGGACUGUCUCUGGCUUGGCUGAUAACUAUGGACUUCAAUUGAGCUCUUCUUUUGGGCAGGAUGGCGCGUCAGCAGAAGGCAUGGAUGAUACAAAGGAGGGCAAUAGAAAUCCAAGCAAGCGAUGGCACUCGACCAAGGGAUUCCGCCUCUUCAACGAAAAGCUGAGCUGCUAUAUGGUGUCGCACAAGGUCUUCAGGGCGCCAUAUACGUCGUACCAGGAAGUGGGCUGCAUACAGGACAACCGCGAAAAGGCCAACACGAUCUUUAUCGUUGACCAGAACGAGAAUACACACUUGCCCAAGUCGACGCCCUCGCUCUCGUACCGACCAUUGUCCUCCUUCCAAAAGUUUAUCGAAGUCAACAGAAUUAUGUGGUGGACUCAUCACGAUCUCAGCUCCGGAAUCCACGCGAACGAUUAUCCAGCCGGCAGUACAACCAAAAGGAAGAGCGAGGAGUCGAGUCCAUGGAGCCGGCCCUUUUUGAGCCGUGGGCUGAACUACUACAGCAGCAAAGAAACCAACAACUACGUGUAUCUCAUGGGUAAUCCCCUGCUGUGGUGGGCCUCAUCCGCAACAGCGCUCGUUUACAUGAUGCGGUGUACCAUGAGCAUAACUAGAUACCUCUGGGCCAGGGGCACGAGUGAGGCCAGGAACGAGCGAAAUCGCUUUGGUUUGACACCCUUUUACGCGGUCGCGUCCGGAACAUUUUACGCCGGAUGGGCAAUUCACUAUUUUCCGUUCUUCUUCAUGGAUCACCAGCUGUACCUGCAUCACUAUCUCCCAGCGCUGUAUUUCUCCAUCCUAUUGCUCGUCUCCCGCCUUGAUAGGACCUGGCAGAGCUGGUCAAAGAAAUUCCGAUACCUCGCAGGCUUGUUCCUCGUCUUCAUCAUCGUCCUCUCCUGGCACAGCCUCUCACCCCUAACGUAUGACGUCGAUUUUAGCUCCCGCGCCAAAUGUGAAACGGUGCGAUCUCUUGGUGGGUGGGAAUUUGUCUGUCAACGACAGAAUUUGCCCUUGGCGAGGCCGCAGGCCGCCAAGAUUGUGGUCGAGGGUCGAUCGGAACAUGGCCGCCACACCGAUCAGGAGAGGAAGAACGAGCGUAGUCCGCUUUACUACCGGAAACAUAGCUCCUCAGAGGAGGAUUAUGAUGAGGCGAAACAGGAUCAUCCUACUAAAUCCUUAAAGGACGAUCCUGUACAUGGCGAGGACUAUGGUAAAGACCACUACGAGGAUCAUGAGCAUGAUCAUGAGAGACCGUUCAACGAGGAUGAAGUUGAGCAUUACCAGCAUGAACAUUUCCAUCACCCGCCUGGCCACGGACACCGUCGUGAUCCCGUUUCAGACAGCGAGAAGCAGGGCUAUCAACGUAGCCAGCAGCAAGGCGAUGUCAACCAGCAGCCUCAGGUAGGUACGCCUGUAUCAGCACCUUCCCAAAUCGACACAACACGCUUAAGUAACAUCGAGAAGACAAUGACCGCAGCCAAGUCGCGAGCGCAGGAUAUUCAGAAGGCGGAAAGGCUCCUGGCAGAUAAACGUGCCUUAGAGGAGAAGUACAAGGAACUCGAGGAACGAUUAAAUGCACAUGAGCAGGAAUUGGAGCGGCAAGAACAGCAGUAACGUUAAGAAAAAAAAGGGGGCGCGAGGAGCAAGGUCGAUGUGGACAAGGGGCAGCGCGUAGGACAGGAAUGGCAUGAUACGGAUGAAAGUGAGAAACAGGAUCCUGAAGCACAGGAGAAAUGCGGACUCGUGAAGCCCAAGAGAAGCUACGACGUGAUAUGCUCGAUAAAGAGACUCAAG